AUGGCCGAUACAGGAUUGCCCUCCGGCUGGGAAGUCCGUCAUUCCAACUCGAAGAACCUCCCUUACUACUUCCACCCAAUCUCCAAAGAAUCUCGCUGGGAACCUCCAACCGAUACCGAUACCGAAAAGCUGAAGAACUAUAUGGCGCAAAACCACACCCCCGCAGCUCGCAACGAUGUCGGCGGACAACCCGAGGGAAAGAUCCGCUGCAGCCACUUGCUGGUGAAGCACCGUGAUAGCCGACGCCCUAGCAGUUGGCGCGAGGCUGAUAUUACCCGUUCGAAGGAAGAAGCCAUUCAAAUUCUUGAGGGUUACCAGCAGCGCAUCCAGUCCGGCGAAUCUACCCUGGGAGACAUCGCCGUCUCAGAGUCUGAUUGCAGCAGCGCUCGCAAGAAGGGCGACCUUGGUUUCUUCGGUCCCGGCGAAAUGCAGAAGGAGUUUGAAGAUGCUGCCUUUGCCUUGUCGCCUGGUCAGGUCAGCGGCAUCGUCGAGACUGCUUCCGGAGUCCACCUGAUUGAACGUGUCCAGUGA